UCCCCACUAAUCACCAACGCAGGAGAGAACAAGAAUCGUGCUUGUUCCCCUACCCCUUCUCCCUUUCCCUCCUCUCUCUUUUUUUCCUGCUUCUCAACACAUCGAUCAUCGCACUAGCCUCCACGCAAGGCGCCCAUAUGUCCGAAAAGGUAUACAACGUGGUCGUGCUGCCCGGCGACGGCAUCGGCCCCGAGGUAACUGGCGAGGCCGCUCGCGUCCUCGAGCUCGUGUCGCAAAAGGCAAAGGACUUCAAGAUCAAGCUCCAGUCGCAACUGUUUGGAGGCGCAGCCAUCGAUGCAGCGGGCAAGCCGCUGCCCGAAGAGACGAUCAAGGCAUGCGAAGCUGCUGACGCCAUGCUGCUCGGUGCCGUCGGGGGGCCCAAGUGGGGUGUAGGCAAGGUUCGCCCCGAGCAGGGACUAUUGGCCCUCCGCGUGCACUUUGACCUGUAUGCAAACGUGCGCCCCGCCUUGUUCCCUUCGCAGUCGCUCGUCAAGCAUUCGCCCCUCAAGGAGGACAUUGCCCGAGGUACCGACAUCAUCGUCGUCCGCGAGCUCGUCAAGGGUCUUUACAUUGGCGAGCGUCAGGAGGCAGACCUGGACACGCCUGGAUCGACGGGCGAGGCGAGCGACAUGAUGCGCUACAACAAGCACGACGUCGAGCGCAUCACGCGCCUGGCAGCCUACCUGGCUCUACAGUCGAAGCCGCCAAAGAAGCUCCACUCGAUCGACAAGGCAAACGUGCUUGCAUGCUCGCGCCUCUGGCGACGCGUCGUCACCGAGACCGUAGAGAGGGAAUUCAGUUCCCAGGGCGUCGAGGUGGACCACCAGCUGGUUGACUCGGCCGCCAUGGUUAUGGUGUCGAAUCCAAAGAAGCUCAACGGCAUCGUCCUCACCGAAAACAUGUUUGGAGACAUUCUCUCCGACGAGUCGUCCGUCAUCCCCGGCUCCCUCGGCCUGCUCCCCUCGGCGUCGCUGGCUGGCCUCCCCGACGGCAAGUCGGCCUGCAAGGGCCUCUACGAGCCCAUCCAUGGCUCGGCGCCAGACAUUGCCGGCCAGGGAAUCGCCAACCCCAUUGGAACGAUUCUGUCGGCCGCCCUGCUGCUGCGUUACUCACUCGGACGGCCCAACGAGGCAGAGGCCGUCGAGACUGCUGUCCGCAAGGUUCUCGACGCCCAGGAGGACGGUGGCCUUGGGAUGAGAACCAAGGACUUGGGCGGCAAUGCAGGCUCAAAGGAAAUUGGCGACAAGGUCCUCGAGGUCCUCGAGACUCUCCUCUGAAGACAGUCGAGGAAGAUAGAAUGAGAAGAAGUGAAUUUUGUGUCGGCGUUUUAGUACUGUACUGUACUGUACUGUACAUUGUGGACUACAAGAAACAUUUGCGUAGGCGCACACCCUCAAGCGACAUCGUCCAUGUCGUCUUCGUCAUCUCCACCAAUGUCUCCUCCCUCUUCCAAUUUGAUCUCUUGUCUGCUGCUGCCGCUGCUGCUCACAACGUUGCUCCUCGAUCCUGGAUCCUGAGCACCCAUCUGCUGCUGCCGACUGGCUUCCUC